UGUAUAAUAUCAGCUGUUUCCUCUCCAGCAGCUCAUUCGUCGCUGUAAGUUUCCAGAGACAACAUGCCCGAACCCGCCAAGUCUGCGCCCAAGAAGGGCUCCAAGAAAGCGGUCACCAAAACGGCCGGCAAAGGAGGCAAGAAGAAGAGAAGGACCAGGAAGGAGAGCUACGCCAUCUACGUGUACAAGGUGCUGAAGCAGGUCCACCCCGACACCGGGAUCUCCUCCAAGGCCAUGAGCAUCAUGAACUCCUUCGUCAACGACAUCUUUGAGCGCAUCGCCUCCGAGGCCUCCCGUCUGGCUCACUACAACAAGCGAUCCACCAUCACCUCCAGGGAGAUCCAGACCGCUGUGCGCCUCCUGCUGCCCGGUGAGCUGGCCAAGCACGCCGUGUCCGAGGGAACCAAGGCUGUGACCAAAUACACCAGCUCCAAGUAACCAGCUCUGCUGCUGAUGCUCCAACCCAACGGCUCUUUUAAGAGCCACUCACUGCAUCUGGAGAGCUUUGAUUUAUGCACUGAGACAUUUAAAGUUAUUAAAAUAUGACAUGUUUGUCCUGUGAUGCUAAACUGGGAAGCUACAAGCAAAGUGACAGUGCAAUCUAGCAAAUGAAACUGUUUACUUUGCCAUUGCAAUCCACUUGUUGAAUGAAAGUUGGUGGCAUUAAUGUUAAUGAAGCAUUUCAAAAGCUGCAUAAUUGUACAUUAAACUUAUUUUAGAUGUUUCUCAGACAUGCAAAAAA